GUUGAGUCAUCCGCGUAGUUCGUGUAACCACCAUAAUGUCGAAUGAUGUUUGGAACGAUGAUAUCGCUUAUGAGUUCUCUACUCACAGAACACUUAUGCAAAUACUUGGUAUAUGGCCCCUACAAAAGAAGACGGUAUUUACUAUCAUCCAUUGGAGCGUAAUAAUAAUUCUGCAGUUGUUGUCAAUUAUCUUGAUCUACAUGGACUUGACUGAAAAGUAUGGUGACACCGGUAGAACCAUGGAUGCCAUAAUAUAUAUAUCAAGCACGGUGUGUUUGAUUUUGAAAUAUUCCUGUCUUGCUGCUAACCAAAGAAAACUGGCUAAAAAUAUCAAUGCUGCUUCCGACGAUUGGUUGUGUGCAAAAAAUAAUGAGGAAGCAUACAAAAUUAUGAAAAAACAUUCAUUUGAAUCCAGAGUCUACACUUUCGUUAUGUUAUAUUCAACUUACACAUGUGGUUCUCUUUACAUAAUGUCUGUCGUUGUUGUGAACAUAAAAGAAAUAUUUUUCCAAGCCCAAAUGGUGAAUGCAUCAAAUGAUAUUAAUACAGAAGACAGAGCAUAUAUAUUCCCAUGUGGUAGUUUUGGUGACAAUAUGACUACUUUGCAGUACACAAUGUUUACCAUCUUUCAAAUUGUUCUAUUACUCGUAGUAUGUACAGCGCAAUCUAUUACGGACAGUUUUUAUAUUAGUCUUACUCUACAUAUCGCUGGUCAACUUAAAAUACUUGAAACAAAAUUUAAAAAUUUAUCAAGUAAGCCAGAUAAUCAGCUAUAUUAUCGGAAGCAAUUUAUUAAGUUGGUUAAUAGACACUGCGAAUUAAGGGAUCACAAUCAGAAUGUGGAAGAUACGUUUCAUUUGGUUAUAUUAUACCAACUUGUUACAGUAACUCUCCUAUUGGCACUAUCAGGAAUACGUAUACUAAUUUACUUAAGAAGCAAAAUUUAUUUUGAAUCACUAAAAACUGCUCUAAUCAUAAACUUUUUGUUUAUGGAAUCGCUGCUAUAUUGCAUUGGAGGUGAUUUUGUACAAAGAGGAAGUACAGGAAUAUUCCACGCAAUGUACACGACUUCCUGGUAUACGCUUCCUUUAACGUUGAUGAAAGACAUGAACUUUGCGUUGAUGAGGUCAGCUCGUUCAUUUCAGCUCACCGGUGGAAAAUUUUUCUACGUUAAUCGCAUGGCGAUGGUGUACGUUCUGAGAACAGCAGCUUCAUACAUUUCGUUUUUGCGAGUGGCUCUAAAAGAAUAAAAGUCAACAAAUCUAAUUAAAAUUUGCAGAAUAAAAAUUAUUGAUGCUAUACAAAAUCUGUAAAUACGAUUAAUUAAAAUAUUAUACAUAUAUUUAAUUUUUAUAUAUAAUUAUUAAUUAAUAAUAACAAAAGAAUGAGAAGUUUCAAGUUUUAAACUCAUAAAUGUAAUAAAAGAAAUAGAAACGUUGUUUCCAUACAAUGCACAUUAGUAACCACGUUGCGCUCUCAAUAGCCUUGCCUAGUUUUCAAACAUUUCAAAUUAUGUUUUAAUUAUUAAUAUUUUAAAUAGUUCAAAUACAUACCAAAAGUU